CUCGCACUUCAGUUGAAGGGAACAGGAAAAAGAGCUUUCAUUAUUUCAGCUUUAACUACCUCCACAUUCAAAAAUGAGGGAAAUCGUGCACCUUCAGGCCGGUCAGUGCGGUAACCAGAUCGGAGCCAAGUUCUGGGAGGUUAUCAGUGAUGAGCAUGGCAUUGACCCAACUGGCACAUACCAUGGUGACAGUGAUCUUCAGCUGGACAGAAUCAACGUUUACUACAACGAGGCAUCAGGUGGCAAAUAUGUGCCCCGUGCUGUACUGGUGGACUUGGAGCCUGGUACCAUGGACUCCGUGAGGUCUGGACCCUUUGGCCAGGUCUUUAGGCCAGACAACUUUGUCUUUGGUCAGAGUGGUGCUGGAAACAACUGGGCCAAGGGCCACUACACAGAGGGAGCUGAGCUAGUUGACUCAGUUCUCGAUGUGGUGCGUAAGGAGGCUGAGAGCUGUGACUGCCUGCAGGGCUUCCAGCUAACCCACUCUCUGGGUGGUGGAACCGGCUCUGGUAUGGGUACGCUGCUUAUCAGCAAGAUCCGUGAAGAGUACCCUGACCGCAUCAUGAACACAUUUAGCGUUGUACCCUCCCCCAAAGUCUCAGACACAGUAGUAGAGCCCUACAAUGCCACCCUCUCUGUCCAUCAGCUAGUCGAAAACACAGAUGAAACCUACUGCAUUGACAACGAAGCUCUGUACGAUAUCUGCUUCCGCACAUUAAAGCUCACAACCCCCUCAUACGGUGACCUGAACCACCUCGUCUCUGCCACCAUGAGCGGAGUCACAACCUGCCUGCGUUUCCCUGGCCAGCUCAAUGCAGAUCUGCGUAAACUGGCAGUCAACAUGGUGCCCUUCCCUCGUCUGCACUUCUUUAUGCCUGGUUUUGCCCCUCUGACCAGCAGGGGGAGCCAGCAAUACAGAUCACUCACUGUCCCUGAGCUCACGCAGCAGAUGUUUGAUGCCAAAAACAUGAUGGCUGCCUGUGACCCACGCCACGGCCGCUACCUCACAGUCGCUGCUAUCUUCCGUGGCCGCAUGUCCAUGAAGGAGGUCGAUGAGCAGAUGCUCAAUGUCCAGAAUAAGAACAGCAGCUACUUCGUAGAAUGGAUCCCAAACAAUGUCAAGACAGCCGUGUGUGACAUCCCACCCCGUGGCCUGAAGAUGGCUGCCACUUUCAUCGGCAACAGCACAGCCAUCCAGGAGCUUUUCAAGCGCAUCUCUGAGCAGUUCACUGCCAUGUUCAGGCGUAAGGCUUUCUUGCAUUGGUACACUGGUGAAGGUAUGGAUGAGAUGGAGUUUACAGAGGCUGAAAGCAACAUGAAUGACCUGGUGUCUGAGUACCAGCAGUACCAGGAUGCCACUGCUGAGGAGGAAGGCGAGUUUGAGGAAGAGGCUGAUGAGGAGCUUGCCUAAAUUAUGUGUGUAAAUGCUUGGCUGUAAUAUUUCACUGACCUGUCUGAAGAAAUCUUUCCAAUGCUCUGUUUUGUCACCUUUGCUGUUUGUUCCUCUUCUGUACAGAAACAUGUCAUUAAAGUACCCUUUUCUAAAGUGUGGAA